AUGGCGAAGAACGCCGAGCAGCUAGCUUUGCAGGUGAAGGUGAAGUGCCGCUCCACCAGCCACUUAAUCCUCCGUUCUGGCACUCUGCUGUACAAUGAGGACAUGCAGAUGGUGGAGAUCGAGUUCGCGAAGCCUCAGGAGGAGCUGGGUCCGCCCAUGAUCAUCAUGAAGCUGAGCUCCAUCAGCGGGGUGAAGGCGAUGGAUUACAUCGAAGGCACCCGCGUGAAUUGUGCCGGAACCUCAAGGCAACCUCAGAUCCAACUUCAAAGUUCCGGGAGCCCGAUACCCUCGCAAAAACUCUUUGAACUCACAACGCUUUAA